UAAAUAACUAAAUAACACCAGAAAAUAAGUAACUAAUACCAGUAAAUAAGUAAAUUAGGUAGACAUUAUAUGAUAUAGUGAUCCUGUUAAGCACUUGACUGACCUUCCAAGACUCAGCUGAUCACAACAACACAGGUUAAGUCUGGAUUAGAGAGGCCAGACAGACAGACAUCAAUAGCCUCUGGUGUAGUGUAUAAUGGCAGAAGCUAAUAUUGAAGACGAUCGAGAGUCAGACCAGCGGUAUCCUUUCUCGCGGUGCAGCUCAACCGGCUCCAUCCAUACCUUGACUUCCUCAGCCAACAAUACAGAUGUAACAGAUGACGAGGACAGCGACCGCGGUAACCAGAUGAGCUACAAGGAACGGCGCAGGGAGGCCCACACCCAGGCCGAGCAGAAACGUCGCAACGCCAUCAACAAGGGCUACGACUCCCUCCAAGACCUGGUGCCCACGUGUCAGAAUACAGAACAGGGGCAAGGUUACAAGAUGUCCAAAGCUACAGUCCUGCAGAAGAGUAUUGAUUACAUACAGUUUCUGAAGAAGGAGAAGAGCAAGCAGGAGGAGGAGGUGGCAGCUCUGCAAAAGGAAGUGGUCGCUCUCACCAUUAUGAAGCUGAACUACGAGCAGAUCGUGUCGGCCCAUCAGAGUCAGCCCGGCCAGAUGAGCAAGCAGAUUUCCGACGAUGUGAAAUUCCAAGUGUUCCGUGCUGUUAUGGACUCCCUGAACCAGUCGUUUGAGCGCUGCGUGGCCACCAAUAAUUUUGCCGAGAUUUCAGGAUCGGUCAUAUCGUGGGUCGAGGAGCACUGUAAGCCCCAGAUCUUGCGGGAGAUCAUGUGUGGAGUUCUCCAGCAGCUGGGGAGACAGGACAUGUCUUACCUCUCUUAACACACGUCUUCCUGCUGCUGCCGCCGUCAUCAUCAGGACGCCGAGGAAUUUACCACAAAUAUACAGGGUCAUUUAUUAUCUGCGAACCUUAAUUUAUUACUAUAUUUCAAGACGUGCAAUUAACAGGAACCUAAAUACUAUACAGAGGUGCUCCCUGACUUAUGACGGGGUUAGGGACCCAAAUCCAGGUCGAAGUCAGACUGGUCGUAAGUCUGACUUAGAUAAAAAAAAAAAAUCAAAUUAAAAAAAAUGAAGUAAAUAAAAAA